AUAUUAUAUGUAUAUGUGAGCGAAAAUUCAAAUCACAUUGAAAUAUUGAAGUUUUUAAACGUUAGAUUAGACAUUACAAAUUUGAAAUUCAUUCACUUGCAGAGUUUUGUUUUACAAGAAAAUGGAGGCGGUGAGUUCGAGAGGAAAUGGAAGAACAACAGAGCAGCUUCAGAUUUCGAAGAAAUGGAAAGAGAGAGAAUGGAGUCCGGAACGGACCAAAGUCUGGACUCAACAAACACCUCCCAAUAAGCUCAAGUCCGCACUAGUCCCUGUCCUUUACUACCUCUCCAGAAAUGGACAGCUUGAUCACCCUCACUUCAUCGAAGUCCCUCUUUCCUCUCCCUCCCAAGGUCUCUAUCUCAGAGAUGUAAUCAACCGCUUGAAUUUCCUUCGAGGGAAAGGCAUGGCAAGCAUGUAUUCCUGGUCUUCCAAACGGAGUUACAAGAGCGGAUUUGUGUGGCACGAUCUUGCCGAAAACGAUUUCAUCUACCCAGCGCACGGUCAAGAGUACGUGCUCAAAGGAUCGGAGAUCAUUGAAGCCAAUUCCAUCUCCUCCAAGCCUUCUGAUGAAACCGUCUCUUCGAGUUCAACUAAACCACCGCCGGAGAGACGGAACUCCGGCGAAGGUUCAGAUUUUCCUGCCGUAACGCGGCGGAGAAACCAGUCGUGGAGUGCGAUCGAUCUCCAAGAGUACAAAGUCUACACCGGCGAGUCCGCCGCCGACGCGUCGACACAGACCGAAGAGAAACGGCGCCGGCGUCGAGGCAUCAGAGAAAUAGAAGAAAACGAGAGGGAAGAGGAGAGCAAAGAAUCGUAUCAGAACCAAAGCACGGAGCUGAGCAGAGACGAGAUCUCUCCCCCGCCGUCCGAUUCGAGUCCCGAAACCCUAGAAUCGCUAAUGAAAGCCGACGGUAGGGUCGUCCUAUGCCCUACAGGGGUGAAUGACGACGAUCCAACGGCCAAUAAUCAUCCAACUGUACAGAUGAAGGCCUCUUCAGUUCUGAUGCAGUUGAUAUCGUGCGGUUCGAUGUCGUUCAGAGACUGUGGGCCCAGUAAUGGGAAUGGGAAUGGGAAUGGGAAGGAGCAUGAUGGGUUUUCGGUGAUUUCGCACUACAAGGCGAGGCUGCCACGUGGAAGCGGGUCGAAUCGGGGCGUGAUUGAAAACCCGAGGGUGGAGCUGGAAGACAAAGAGUACUUCAGUGGGAGCUUAAUAGAGACAAAGGAGGAGGAAUUUAUUCCAGCUUUAAAGAGAUCUUCUUCUUACAAUGCAGAGAGGAGCUCGCAAUUGGAGGUGAUGGAGAAGGAAAAAGAUGGAGCGACAGCAAAAUGCAUACCGAGGAAGCCCAAGACAAGAUCCAGCAAGAAGGAAAUGAUGAACAGUGACAUCUCUUGUAAUAGUAGUCAACAAGGUAGCAAAAGAAUAGAGGUCCAGCCAUAAGACUAGUACGUAGUACAUUAGGUCAAAUUGGGAUUAAUAAAACUUUUAAGUAUUUGCCCUAUCCUAGGUUGUACUAAUUUGUAAUUGUGACUGAAAUUUUCAAUGAAAGAGAUGAUGAUAUUA